AUGGUACGGCACCGCCGGAGUGUCCGGGACUUGAUGGGCAUGAAUAUCUCCGGGUGGCUGGAGGACUUGGCAAAAGAUUUGCUGCUCCAGGCCAGUGCUGAUCCUGCUGACAAGGAGAAGACGAAGUCAGCCAAGAAGGAUGAUAAGAAGGGAAAGAAGGAGAAAAAGGAGAAGAAAGAAAGCAGGGCUGAGAGAGAGAAGAAAAAGAAGAAAAGAGGCUCUUCCUCGGAUGAGAAGGAGAGCGACUCUGACUCCUGUGAGUCGCAGUCUUCGCACGGCUUUUUUUCGGAGAUCCAGGCCAUGUUUUGUCUUCGCCAGAAGGACUUGAUGAGGCAGAACGGGCAAGACAGGUUGGAUGAUCUGUCGACGAGGCAGAUCGCCUUUGUGGUCUCCGGCGCCGGGGCUGGCUCCUACUUGGGGGCGGCCGAUCUCCAGGAGAUUGGCGGUGAACUCGAAGCAGUCCACAGCGACAGGGCACAGCACGCCAAGAAGACCAAGCAGAAGCUGGAGGAGAACCAAGCAACGGCACAGGCUGCCUUGGCUAGCACGUUGUGGCGGAAGCGACUCGCGAAGAAGGACUGGAAGAAGCAUCACCUGGAAGCCACCCUGGAAGCCGAAGUCGAGAAGUAUCGCAAGGAGGAGCCCGCGAAAGCCCCGAAGACAAAGGCUAAGACUCCCACAGGGAAUCGCAAGGAGGAGCAGGAGGAAGAAUCUGAUGAUCCCCCGGGAGAAGAUGAUGAACCAAAUGGUGAUGAUGAUGAGGAAGAUGACGAAGGCUUCAAGGAGGAGGGCUGGCCAGCUUCGGGCGACGACGGCGACGACGACGACGAUGAUGAUGAUGAUGGUGGUCGGGGCAAAGGGAAACCGGCUAAGGGGAAGGAGCCGGGAGAGGAGGAGGGAGAGUCUUCGGAUGGAGACUUGUUUGAAGGCAAGUAUGGCCGCUCGAAGGUCGACACACCGCAGGCCAAGACGCAGACGGCCGAGACACUGUUGCAGAAGCUGAGCCCACAGAUUCAGAAGCAAGCCCAGAGCAUCGAGCAGUCUGUGCUGAAGUCAUUGCCCCAAGACAUCCCCAUGUAG